GAAUCUCCUCCCUCUGCACCCAAACGGCCCGUAUGCGCAUGAGAGUUAUUACAGUACUACGCCAUCCCCCAGCACCGACGCACGACCCAUUCGCAAAACUCAUUUCAAGCACAACACCCCUGUCCGCCCACCAACCACAAGGCUGCGCUUCUCCUUCCAUUGUGGCUCCCGCGGUGCUGUCUUUGGUUCACUUGCAGCAUGCUUUGACGGCUUUCUUUUUCUGUCCCGGAAACAAAGAGGCGGCGCACGGAACAUUGUCUGGCGCUGUCAAAACAAGCUACCGCACCUUGACAAAUAGCUCACGCACCGCUCGUCGCGCAGUCUGCCUACACCGUGUACGACGUAGUUCAGCUCCUUGGAAACAUCGUUUUCGCGACUCGGAAUUCGCCAUUGUUGUGAACUCAGACACCCACUUCUGCCCUAACAAUGGAGCCUGCACCUAGAAUACUACCUGAGAUCCCCCGGCGAAUUCGCUCGCCCAACUCACAAAACGCCCAACCAACAUAUGGCUACCACAACACCUUCCACACCCAUGCGCAAUUGCCUGUAGGCUCUCCGCCCACAUACGCCCGCGCGAGCGACCCCCAAUCAUUGCGACAUCUAGAAGAGAAGGCGCGGAGGGAGACGGAGGCAGCACGUAGCGAUGAUCGACCGCCAGCAUACACAUGUUCGGUCGAGCUUGGGGGGAUCAUGGGCGUGCGGAAGGAGCUAUCCUCGCCAUUUCGCGUGUCAGGCCACCGGGAGUGGUACAACGCAUACGUAGUGCUGCGAGGGACGCUGCUCAGCAUCCACCGAGUCAAACACCCCAACAUCCUCAGCAAGAACCGACGACCUUCACCAGGCCGACUCAUAGUUUCAUACUCGCUACAACAUGCUGAGGUUGGCAUGGCUUCUGAUGUAAAAAAAUCCGCACUAAUACCAAAAUCACCACUGGCGCAUUUUGUGCCCGCUGCAUCUCGACAAAAGGUGUUCGAGACAGACCCACAUCUAUUCGAACCCAUCAGGGAACACGUGCUCCGUCUGCGCGUAGAGGCAGAGCAAUUCCUGCUAUGUGCGGAUACCGAGGAGGAGAUGCUGUCGUGGACAGAGGCGCUGUGCGCCGCAAUCGACAUCAGCCCACCCAUCGAAGACCGAAGCGAGCCACGUUACCGUAGCCUGCCGAGGAGAAACAGACGACAGCGGGCCCUCGACGGUGGACAAUACGCAGAGAAUCUGGAAAGCCUAUCGAGUGUCGAAGCAGGGAGACGCAUCAUUGCCGAGCAAGAACGCAUCAUCCGCCAACUCUACCCAAACCUGGCUGGCACGCGAGAGCCAGAAAACCCAGCUCCCGGGGCUGAUGCCGAGACAGAAGACUUCGACGCUGAAGAUGUGCGGUUCCCCACCCGCUCCUCAACAAGAGACGCGAGACCGCACUCUUCACAAGACGACGACGAUGAGCGCCCAUCAACCAGUCCCGCGGACCCGAAAUCCACUCCCACCAACCAGCCCGACCCAGCGCAGACACUCCGGUACCGUCGCCGCUGUGCCCCCGUCCUACUCGCCACCUCACCCCGAGUAAGCGACGUAGUCUUCAGCGAAGGAAUACGCAUGCGCAUCAGCGUGCGCGAGCAGACAAUGACGGAAUUCACAUCGCACCCGCCGCGCUACGACGCGCACGGCUGGCCAAAAGCUAAACGCGCACCAAAGCACAUCGCUAUUCAGAUCCCGACAACUGCAGCGACGUGCGAGACGGUGCCUACCCACAGCGAUGCGCAGAGACCAUCGUCGCCUGUAAGGGGUAUGAGCGAUGACUCGAUUACUUCUAUCUCGUUUGGAGAGGAUCUGGCGCCCACGCGCUCCGAGCACGGGAGUGAUGAUAUUGCGUUUGCGGCGCCGUCUGGGCCGCCGUCGCCGACGGGGUUGGCGCAUAAGAUGGAUGCGGAGCGGCAGCUGGAUGGGAUGGGGAAGAGGCGGAAUAGCGAGGGUGGGUUUGGUGCUGCUUUGGGUGUGGGGCUGCUUGUUUGAAGUGGUGUUGUUUGAAUGUGCCUGUUAGAUUUUCUAUAUGUUUGGGUUUUGAGUUUGAUUUCGAUGUCGAUUUUUGCUUUUGGUGUCAGCGAGCGGGUCGGCUAUCAUCCAGCGAGGGCGUUUCUUUCGUUUGUUCCUGGAGCCUGAUCAUACAUUCCCUUUGUACUUGUUUAGUCUGUUCUCGGCGCGCAGAUACCCAGUCCUCUCAAUGAAGAACAAAAGAUGAUC